GUCCUUUACACGUUUUUUUUAUCGUUUAGACAGUCCACAAUUGGAAUGGUCAGCUCCAACUUGCCUUUGUUCUUGGUCCUGACUUCGUAUGGCCUAUCCGAGUGCAUGUGGAUUUGACUUAUGCCUACAGUGAUUCUAGAAGAACAUCGAGCCAGGUCUCCCGGUGGUAGACUUGUGGAAACGGCUAAAUAUUCCUUAAUUUUCAAAUAAAUUUUGAUAUUAUUUCUAGCUUUAGUAGUUAGUCGAUAACGCACACGUCGACUUCCUAAUGAUGUUAGGUGAUAUCAAUCAACGUGGGUAGCGCUGACUCAGGUGUGGCAGCUCUCUGAAUUUUUUAAACAUGAGGUGUUUCAUAUUAUUAAAUUCUUGUUUCGAGGUCUUCAUUUGUGGGAUAUCCCUCGGUUUUAGAGUUUCAUUGAGAUUACUAUUCUUUUUUGUCCUUCGUCAAUACUCCUACAGGCUUCACAGUCUCAUGACCUUUCCAAACUGAAGAUCAAUGUGAUUUUCAUCUUGAAGAUUUUCUCUCCCGCCUUACUGAUGAGGUUCUACGUUACCGUUAACUAUAUAUGAGCAAUAACAGUCCACUUUUUUUUCAAAUUGUGUUUUCCAUUUCACUUUCCCAUUUUCUAACAAACGACUUUUUAGUUGCAUCAUUAAAUGACUCGAUCCAAUUAUUAUGACGAGAUUUCAUAUUUAAUAACACGGAUCCAUGAAUGCAGGGAAAGGCGCAUGGAACUGAUGAAAGCAUAUGCUCUAAUUCAACAUACUGACUCUUCUGGGAAGAAUUCACUUUCAAGCGAAAUGAUCCAAUAUAACAUAAAUUUGAAAAGAAUAGAUGAAAACAUAAGAAAAGUGGAAAGAAGACAUGAAGUCCUGAAAUGUCAGUUCGAAAAAAUUAAACAAAAUGCUAAAGAAGAAUCAAUGUUGGAUGUGAAUAAAAUGUUGAAUCAUUCGUUUAAUAACCAAGAACUUCAACAGGUAAUUAAAAGAACAAAACAAAUUUUAGAUGCACAAGAAAUAACGUUGAAAUCUAUAUCAUUUAACAACAACGAUGACGAUGAAUAUGAUAGUGUUGAUAACAACAUAAAACAUGAAGAAUUAUACAAAUUAUCGUUUAUUAACCAAACCAGGAUCGAAACACCACAAAAAGAUGGUGAUUACAACAAGGAAAAAAAUGACAAAGAGCUAGGGGAAGAUGAAGAAGAGAAAGAAUUGGGACAAAGAAGGCAAAUCAGGGAGAUAACAGAUGGUGUUGAAUCGUCGAAUCAAGUUGUCCAUAAAAUUAGAUCUCCAAUAUUUUCGGAAGAUCCAAAUUAUUCAUCUGAUGAUUUUUAUAAACAAUCCAGAUUGUUUGAUUCAAAUAUUUUAUUGAACAAUCAUAGUGAUGAUGAGAAAUCUAACAAGAAUAAUAAUUCGCAACAUAUGGUCAUAGAAGAAGGAGAAGAAAAAGAAGGCGAAGAAGAGGAAGAUGAUGAUACUCAAGAAACAGAAGAUGAAGACAAUGCAGAAUUAAAAUGUGAAAAUGUUUAUUCAACAGAUCCAAAUAAAAAGGGAAUAAUUCAAAAAGGUCAAACUUAUGAAGCAUUUUUAGCAAAAGCAACAUUCAGCAUUGAAGAUUCAACUUAUGAUCCAGUUAAUGAGUCCAAUGAACAUGAAUCUGAAUAUGAUUCAAAAAUAUUAAAAAAUAAUGUGAAUAUAAAUGAAGAUAUGAGAGCAUCAAAUAAGUUAUUUGAUUCAACAAAUGCUAAUCUACUUUCAUCAUGGACAACAUAUAAAACGGAAGACUUAGAGGAUGACAGUUUCUAUGAUUGACAAAUAAAAUAUGUCUAUAUAAUACAUUUCUUCUUUGUUGGGAUAAUGAUGAUAAUAUUAGUGAAAUAACGCUCGUAUUUCUCAGUACACAGACACUAAAUUGCUUAGGAUGGGCAAUGAAUAGUUUGUUUGCGUAUAUAAUUCACUCGCUCUAUACUACAUACCUAUUCAGCACUAUUCUUCUACGACGCCUCAAAAUAACUCAAGUUAAGAACACGCGAUCCACCUGACUAGUACGUGUAUUGUUUAGCAAUUAUCAACCUACAAUGCAGUAAGUACACG